CACUAUUUGUUCAUUCUGUCAGUAAUUCACAUUCCACAUACACAUACACAUACAAUGAUUACUCUGCAGGGACAUUUGUCACGGCUGUUUCCUUCUAACUCAAAGGGUACGGAUCUUAUAUCAUGGUCUAAGAAUGGAUUUAUAGCUUAUUCUACUCCAAUUCAAGGUUCAAAGGAUAACCUUUAUAUUAGUUAUCUUGAAAAUAUUAAUGGAAGAUCAUGGCAAUUAUCCAAACCUCAAUCAAUUAGUAUUAAACUUGAAAAUAAUUUUUUACCUGAAUUAUCUUUAGUAUCAUGGAGUAAUUCAAGUACAGAUUUAGCCAUAUCAGAUAUUUAUGGAAAUUUUUAUAUAUUAUUGGCGGGAAUUGGAUUACUUGAUCUUGGACUGAAGAAUAUUAAUCCUGAGACUUUACCAAAUAAUUAUCCAAGUUAUGAAAUAACUUCUUAUAAUCAUAUGGAAAUGAUUUAUCGAGAUAUUAUAAAUCAAGAUGAUACAUCUCAUGUUAAUCCUGGUGCAACAUUUGUUGCAUUUAAAUGGUUAAAUUUAGAAAAACCUCAAAUUAUUAAUAAACCUGCAACUCUUAAUCAAGAAACUAAGAAAUCUUAUAAUUAUGAAGUUAAUCAAUUUCAACCUCAUGGAGUAACUCAUCCAAUAUCAACUAAACAAGCUUGUGUAUCAUUACGUCAAAAUGGUCAAUUUACUCUUUAUUAUCAAGGUGAACAUAAAGUUGAAUAUCAUAAACUUUCAAUUGAUUUAAGUGAUGAAGUUUCAGUAAUUUCAAAAGCAUCAAUUGGAUUUACAAAUGAUAAACAAAUUAUUACUACAAUUUUUGAUUCAAUAACUAAAAAGAUUUUAAUUUAUAAAAUUACAAUUGAUUGGGGAUUUUUAGUAGAUUCAGCUAAAAGACAAAAAGUUGAUCCUCAUUAUCAUACUCCAAAGGAAGAACAAAAGAAACCUACAUUAUCAGUUCGAAAAAUUCAUGAACUGGAACUUGUACAAACAAAUAUAUUUGAUGAUGAUAAUGAUAAUGAUGGUGAUGAAAAAAUGGAUAUUGAAAUUGAUCAAUCAUUAUCAAAAUAUAAAUUUGGUCAAUUAGCUUCAAUUGAUUUAUUAUCAGCUUUUGCUGAACCUUCUUCUGAAUUAGAUAUAAUUAUUAGUUAUUCAUUUGAAAAUGAAUUUGGUCAAUCUAUUUCAAGUUUAUUUCGUUAUAAUUUAAUUGAUGAACUGUCAUUAAUAUCUGAUGCAUUUGGAGAAUUAGGUUUACGUAAAAAUAUUACUACCACUACAACUUCAACUUCAACUUCACCUUCAACUAAUAAAUCUAAAUUAGUUCUUAAAGAUAAAAUUACUCGAUCAGGAAGAAUUCAAAGUAUAUCAACUGCUUCUGCUGAAUAUUUUAUGUUAAUUUAUUAUGAAAAUGGUCAUAUUGAUGUAAUCGAUCGUACAACUAUGAAGAUUGUUAAUGAUAAACAUAUUGAUUCAAUAGAUCCACCUCCAAAUACUAUUUGUAGUAUAUUUGAUGUAGGAUUUAGAUUUCCAAAAGUUGAAACUAAAAAUCCAUUAAUAUUGAUUGCUUCACCAAAUUUAACUUCAUUUGCAUAUACAGAAAUUAAUGGUAAUUCGAUUAGUUUAACGUUAAAAGUUGUUGAAAAGGAAGCUCAUUUAGGUAAUUCAGAAUUAGAAUUAUUUAUAUCAUCAGUUGCAUUUGCUUUCCGUCAUGGUUAUGCUUGUUAUACAAAUACAUGUUCUGAUGAUAUAAUUGCUCUUAUACAAACUGAAUUAGUUAGAUUAAGUAGUAUAAAAAUUGAAGAUUCAACAAAAUCUUCAUCAGUUAUUAGUCAAACAUUUAUUGAAAAAAUUAUAACAGAAUCUCAUCGAGCAAUUAAUUUUCAUUUAGAUGGAUUUAGUAAAGAUUCAGUUGAUAAAUUAUUAUCAAGUCCUCCACUUCAAAAAUUAUUAUCACUUCAAUUAGUUCUUGGAGAUUUAUUAACUGAUAAUCAUAUAGUUAGUGAUAUUGCUUGGACAGUUUUAAAUUUAAGAAGUACAAGUUUUGGUAUAAUGUUUCUGUUAUCAAGUAUAUUCCGACAAAUUUCUAAGAAAAAACCUUCUGAAGAUAGUUUACAAGAUUCAAUAACAAGAGGUGAAAGUAUAAUAUCAUUAAUUGGGAAUUUUAAAUGGUUAAUUGAUUUAUUAGUAUAUAUAAAUCAAGAAUUAUUACAAUUAGCUUAUUCAAAGAAUAAUCCAGGAAAUAGUAAACUUAAUAUUCAUAAUUCAAUUGCUUUACCUCUUAUAUUAAGUAAAGUUCCAAGACUGUUUCUUAUUUAUGCUUUAUCAACUAUUGGUAAAACUCAUGAAAUGUUAAAGAAAUUACAUCGAGAAUUAGCUGAAGCUAAUAAAUUAUUUAGUCCAAUGAAAGAAUCAUUAAGCAGAUAUUUUACUAUAUGUAAUAAUUCACCAUUAACAUUAAAUUUAUUUGAAAAUUAUCUUCGAGAAUGUGAUGCAUUAAUAAGUAAAGAACAAAGUAUUAGAAUGGCCGGUAAAGAAGAAGGUUAUGCAUUAAUGGUUGAACAAAAAUUAGUUUGUCAAGGACAACUUACUGAAGAUAUGGAAAGAGUUGGGAAAAUUUUAAUUGAUAGACAUGCCGUUAAUAUUAAUCGAGAUAUGAAAGUUUCUGAUUUAUACUUUUAUGAUGUUGACUGGCUCAAUAUUGGAAUUUAUAGAUAUGAAAAAAAGAGUGAUCUUAUAUCUCAACAAGUAAUAUAUCUGUAUCCUAAUUUAAAGGAUACAAUAUGUCCAAGAUUUCAAUAUUCUGAAAAGGAAUGUAUUGAUGUAUUAAGAAAAGUGGUUAUUAGUUUAAGUGAGAAUUCUCUUAAAACAAUUCAAACUAGUAAUAAUUCCAAUAAUAAUAAAUCUAAGAAUAAUAGCAAUGGGAAUAGUAAUAGUAAUAAAUUAAGAAAAUGUACUAGAUGUCGAGCUAUUUCAUUAGUUUCAGAUCCUCUAGUAUUUGGAGCUCCAAGUACAAUUGGAUUAUGGACAAUGGUAUUUCAAAGAACUUGUAUUUGUGGUAGUGCUUGGGUAAAUGUUGAAGUUUAAACCGUCAAAUCAUUAUAUUAUUAGAGUUUAUAAAUAUAUAAAUAUAUAUAAUAUAUAUAAUAUAU